UUUUAUUUAAACAAAAGAGAGCCUUACAAGCUUCAACGACGACAACGAGCAUCUCAGCGACACAGGCAGACAGCGACGGAGGACUGGAGGAGUGCUGCCGCUGCUGCGAGUCGGCGUGUGACCACGGAGGACGACGAGUGGGAGACCACGGACCACCCCCUCGGCAGUUCGGCCCUUCGAUUUCCGGCUUAAUCUCCGAUUCUCCGGUGGCCGGUGCGACGGUGCUCCCAUCUCUAGACUCCAGCUGCAAUGUUGGCAGGCAGGAGGAAAAAUAGAUGUAGAUUCCAGACCGCGUUGCACCUUGCCUAUGUUUAGCAGCGAUUAUUAGUCAAUAACCCACCGUCCUCAUAUAUUCGAUUGCCCACCCCAGGAGUUCAAGUAAAUGCUCAUACUAGGCAAAUGCACGCGACCCGUUCGAUGAAAUGCUGAAGAGGACAAUAUCCGGAGAAAAUAACACCGCUUCGAGUCAUCAUCAGAAGCGAACUCUAGUCAACGUGAAGUUGAAGUGGGUAAAAGAUAGCGUCUUGGACACCGCAGUAGCUGGCCGGAGAGAGCUUAAGGCUGCCUCCAUUCUUCUUUCUGUCAUUGCUUCCGAACCGCAACUUUGGCUUCCCAUUUACCAUCUCCCUAGCCAGCUUGGCCUCCCUCUUGACCUCAAGCUUUCUACAUUUCUUAGAAGAUACCCGAACAUCUUCGAGGAGUUUUACCGUCGGGAUUCUGGUGGAACUCCAGUUCCUUGCUACAGAUUAACUUCCGACGCUCUAGAGGUUCACCAAAAAGAAAUUGAGAUACGUAGGCUAUGUCAUAUGGAUAUAGUUAACCGGCUGAGGAAGCUUCUUAUGAUAACUAAGGAUAGAACGCUCCCUCUGCAAACCCUUGAUCAGCUGAAGUGGGAUAUGGGAUUGCCGAAUGAUUACAGGAAAUUGUUCACCAAUAACGCUUCCGAAUUGUUUUCUUUUGUUCGCCUUUGUGAUGAUCGUGUGGGACUAAAGCUUUUACUCUGGGAUGAUAGCUUGGCAGUUUCCCAUUUGGAAAUGAAGAGUUUGAUGAAGGAUGGAACAUUGGGUUUUCCUAUCGGAUUCACAAGGGGUUUUGGUUUGAGAAGGAAGUUUAUGGAGUGGUUAGAGGAGUGGCAGAAGCUACCUUAUACUUCUCCUUUUGCAGAUGCCUCACAUUUGGAUCCCCGCACGGAUGUUUCAGAGAAGCGAAUUGUGGGAGUCUUUCAUGAGCUUUUGCACCUUACUUUGCAGAAGAUGACAGAGAGGGAAAAUGUGAGCAAUCUCCGUAAACCGUUGGGGUUGCCCCAGAAGUUCACCAAAGUGUUUGAGAGGCAUCCAGGAAUUUUUUACAUUUCCAAAAAGGGUGACACACAAACUGUUGUCCUUCGAGAAGCGUAUGAUCGCAGCCAACUCAUUGAGAAGCACCCCCUUGUCGAUUUAAGGGAGAAGUUGGCUGGUAUGAUGGGUAAAGGAUUCCUGGAUCGUAGUCGAGGUUUAUAUAGAAAGGAAAUCAAUUGUGUUUUAGAGGAAGAAUCUUCAUACAGUCGCCUUGCUGCUGAAAGAAAUCGAUAUGAAUCUGAUGAGGGCUCGGAAGAUUGUUGAGAUCAUUGGAUAACCCCUACGUCAUCACCAUCAUCAGUUCAUCACCACCGUAAUCCGAACUAUGCCUAUGUCCAUGAAAUGACGGAUCCGCAUUUUCUUUGCUGGUUUAAUCAAACAUAGCUGAUUUGACUGAUAUUUUGCAAUGGGUGAUCAACCUUUUCAUGGUAUAUUUGAAGAGCACAUAUUAUCGCAAAACUCACACAAAAUAGUAG